AUGGCAGGAUUCCCAAAAGUUCCACUGAUACGAGGUGACACCGACGAUGACGCCUCCAUACAUUUACAUACUCAUGUCGGACCAGCUCGACCGCUCUCAAAAAGGAAUUACGAUCGUCAAAUCAUAGAGAUUCUAAAUCGAGGGCCCUUGCGGUCUUCUAGUGAUGAAGACCUCCUCUUGGAACUGGAUGAUUUGAACGCACGAUUUGAGCAUUAUUCGAAGCACAGAAGGCCCUCUUUCUAUUCGGAUGGAGAAGAAACGGAAGUUGAAGAUGCACCAGACAAAGUCCACACAGGUGAAAGAGAAACCUUGAAAAGAAGACCUGCGCCGAAGUCGUCUAUUAAAUCUUGGUUGGAAGCUGAUUUGGGCUUGUGGAUUGUUGGGUUCGUGGUAGGAAAUUUGUUGUUAGUUCUUAUACCCUUUUUGCUUCGCAAAUUUACCAACCAGGUGGUUCCGGAUUUGUCUUCUGUUAGCAAGCGGAUCGAUUUAAUUGGAAGCAAAGUGGAUGUUCUCGAUGACAUAACACAAGCAUUGAGUAAUCAAGCCGAUUCACUCGAAUCGAAGCAACGGGCAUUCAUUACAAGCAUCACUCAAAAGAUCGACACCAUUUCACAACGAUUCGAGUCUGCCAACGAAGAGAUUGGUACAUCUAUAUUAGAAAGUCUUCAAGGUGAAAUCGAUGCAUAUAAGAAAAAGGUCGACACCAUGGAGGUUCUUUUGAGUGAUUCAGAGAAGUUAGAAGCAGAUUUGGCUGUGGUGUCCCACAAACUCUCUCAAUUGUCAACUAUAAGUGAAGAUUUCAACGCCUUCAAGAACGAUAUAAUCUCCUCACUUGCGAGCGAAUUGCCCAGUCACGUUCCAGUAUACAUAAAAGACAACAAGAUCCACUAUUUACCUGAGUUUCAGAGUUUCUUACAUGCUUUUAUCGAGAAGUUCAUGGCCAAAAAGGGUUCAUCAUCUGACUUUGCGGAUAACUCCUCCAAAUUGGACAUGAUGGUCAAGAAACAGGUUUCCAAAGACUUGGGAGAUACAGUUGCAUCACUAGUCAGUAAAGAGGAAUUGAUGUCGAUAUUGAACAAAAGGCUCAAUGAGACUAAUGAGGCGUUGAUGACUAAGUUGAAUUCCAUUCUCGAUGAAAUUGAUUUAAGUGGAAACAUCUCCAGAAUUGACGUGGCACAUGCAACAAAUAAGGUGAUGCUCGACAACUUGGUUGAUAUCGUCAGCAAGGGGUCUGUGAAAAUGAACUUUGCAGACUACAAGAAUGGAGCACGUAUCUUGGGUUUCCUCACGUCUACGGGGCUCGACAGUUAUAAACAAAAGUCCGUCAUCAGACGGAUCUUUUUAGGCUGGUACGAUUACUUCAAUUCGCAUGGUUUGCGGACUCCGCAGAAAUUGAAAUAUAAUGCCAACAAUCUUUUGAAAGAUAUGGGUUCUUACUGGGUUUGCGAAACCAACAGGUGUAACUUUGGUGUACGUUUGAGCAGUCCCGUCAUCUUGACUGAUUUCAUUUUCAAGAACCCGUCGCAGUCAAACUUGGGGAUCAGCUUGCCCACGAGAGCAUCCAUAUAUAUCAAGCCCAGCAAGAAGAGCCAAGUUGCAUCAGUUGAGGAUUGCUUGAAACGGACCAAGCCAGAGUUUUUGGCAGCUGGUAAGGAUAACAAAUACUUGACAAAAUUCUUCAAGAUCCAAGAGGUUGCACUUGACACCAAGCCAGUGCAACAUAUUAGGCUUCCUGUUAGUCUAGUCAACCAAAAGAUUCUUGCUAAAGACAUUUAUAUCGAACUUUCGUCUCGAGAGGGGUGCACGGGAUUGUACAAUUUGAAGGUUUAUGGCUUGACGGAGUUCAACUCUUUGGCAUACGCAGAGCAAUUCGAAUCCAUUCUUGAUAAUUUGCAUGAUGAACCCGGUUCUCAGAACCACUAUUCAUUCGAGUAUGGACAGGAACUUGGAGACGACGAAUAUUACUGA